AUGGAUAGCGAUCUCAUUCAGCUUGUCAACAAGCUACAGGAUACGUUCAGUAACCUUGGUGGAGAGCUGGACAUGCCACAGUUGGCAGUGGUGGGAAGUCAGUCUGCCGGCAAGUCCAGCGUACUCGAAAACAUCGUAGGAAGAGACUUUCUCCCGCGAGGCCAAGGAAUUGUCACCCGUCGUCCACUCGUACUGCAACUCAUCCACACACCCGUACCCGAAACCGCUCCGGGAACACCAGCACCGACAUACACAGAAUGGGGUCAAUUCCUCCACAUAGACAAGCGGUUCACCGACUUUAAUGAGAUUAGAAAUGAGAUUCAGCAGGAGACGUUCAGGGUGGCUGGGCAGAACAAGGGCAUCAGCAAGCUUCCAAUCAACCUCAGGAUUUACAGCCCGAAUGUUCUGGAUUUGACUCUGGUAGAUCUGCCGGGUUUGACGAAGAUUCCUGUGGGCGACCAACCUACCGACAUUGAACGACAAAUCCGGGGCCUCGUCAUGGACUACAUCUCAAAACCAAACUGCGUCAUCCUUGCCGUUUCCGCUGCAAAUAUUGAUCUAGCCAACUCAGAAUCGCUCAAACUGGCACGCUCGGUCGACCCACAAGGCCGUCGAACGAUCGGCAUCCUCACAAAGCUGGACCUCAUGGACGCAGGUACAAACGCGUCGGAUAUCCUUACUGGUCGAGUGUAUCCACUCAAGCUCGGAUUCAUCGGCGUCGUCAACCGUAGUCAGCAGGAUAUCAACGUGGAGAAGAGCAUGAAAGAUGCCUUGGACAGCGAAUCGGAGUUCUUCGUACAGCAUCCUGCAUACAGAAAUAUAUCGCACAAAAAUGGCACAAAAUACCUGGCUAAGACUCUGAACCAGGUUCUGCUCAAUCACAUCCGCGACAAACUGCCGGACAUGAAAGCACGCCUGAACACUCUUAUGGGGCAAGCUCAGCAGGAACUCAAUUCUUUCGGGGAUGCAGCCAUAUACGGUGACGCAAACCAACAAGGCGCUUUGAUUUUGCGGUUGAUGACCCAGUUCGCCCGCGAUUUUGUGUCUUCGAUUGAAGGCACCAAUGUCGAUAUCUCCACCAAGGAAUUGUCUGGUGGCGCUCGGAUAUACUACAUCUUCAACGACAUUUUUGGGCACGCGUUGGCGUCUAUUGAUUCCACGUCCAACCUGGAUAAUCAGGACAUCCGAACCGCUAUUCGUAACUCUACAGGUCCUCGACCGAGCUUGUUUGUGCCAGAGGUCGCCUUUGACCUACUCGUCAAGCCCCAGAUUAAACUGCUGGAAGCACCAAGUCUGAGAUGUGUGGAGCUCGUAUACGAGGAACUGGUGAAGAUCUGCCACAAUUGUACCAGCCACGAACUACAACGUUUCCCUCGGCUUCAUGCCCAGCUGAUUGAUGUCGUGUCGGAACUUCUGAGGGAGCGUCUUGGGCCCACUUCAGAAUACGCGCAAAGCCUCAUCGAGAUCCAAGCCGCGUACAUCAACACGAACCAUCCUGCGUUUAUCUCAGGCUCCGCAGCGGCAACACACGGUAGUUCCAUGCCUCCUCCCAGACAAGCGGUACCGCCUAGGGUAAAACCACUCAUGAUGAACGGAACAUCUCUUGACGGUGAAGAAGAUGAAUCGACCGAGGACGGGGCAAGCGUGAACGGACUCGCGGUACCCUCCCGAGAUGGGCGUUCUGCCUCUGCUACAUCUUCACGUACAGCUGUGGCCUCCACCCUGGGAAGGACGUCGGCGAAAGCAGUUCAUACCCAUCGUCACCACUCACCCCGGCAUUCUUCUGCACAAUCACAACCGGGGACCUCAGGCUCGCCGCCCUCUGCCCGCGAAACUUUCCUGAAUUACUUCUUCGGCCAAAACGGACCCGGUCCCAUUUCUGGCUCGAGCUUAGACAGGUCCAGUGCGGGCCACAUCACUUCCUCGGGUCGUGACGUGUCUGGGGCGGAUCCUUCGAUGCAGACGGGACUCAUGGCCACACCAGCACGGGAUGGGAAUACGGCGGCGUUCGAUAUGAAGAGCUUAGGGAAGCAUAUCGAGGCUGUCUCGUCUGAUGGCGGCCCGCAUAUGACAAUGCGGGAGGAAAUGGAGACGAACCUCAUCAGGUCCUUGAUCGCGUCCUACUUUUCCAUCGUCCGGCAAAGCAUCCAAGACCUCAUUCCAAAAGCGAUCAUGCACUUUCUCGUCAACCACACUUCGCAGCACGUACAGAACAGGCUUGUGUCGUCGCUGUACAAGCCCGAUCUGUUCCAGGGUCUGUUGAACGAGGAUGAGGCCAUGGUCGCGGAGCGAACGCGGGUGAAGGCGCUGUUGGAUGCGUACAAGGAGGCUUUCAAGACCCUUUCGGAAGUCAGCUUGAAGUCAACAUAG